UCGAUGAUUUCAAUCUUUUUCUUCUAUGAGGCUCGGGGCCAAUUUUUGUUCCUUAUAUCAAGAGAAUUGGGGAGACGGAGUUGAUUUGUGCAGCAUGGAUAGAAGUCGUCUUCUCCAUCUGUUGGUUGAAAGAAUGGUGGAAACUCCAUGUCCCGCUUAAGGUGUUAAGCAAUCCGAAGGGAAUACAAACCUGGCACGUGGGUACUGAGAAAAUCUUCAGAAUUUUUUUCUUGAGACCAAAGAUACUGUGCUCAGGUGAUUUGUAACCAUUCCUUUUUUUUUUUUUUGCGUACAGAUUGUUACUGUACCUUACUCAAUAUUUGUCUAUUUUGUAAAUUGCUAAUUUGGCUUUUAUCAUAUUGAGAAAGUUUCAACUA